AUGCCGAUUGAGUGUUCAGUUUCAGCGGAGGACGAAAAAUAUGAGGAAGAAGAGGAAAACAGAAAUAUAGAUAACACAGACAGUGAUGUUGAAUGUGAAGAUAAUGAUACUGUUGGUCACGCGCCACAAUGGCUGCACAAGGGAUACGGGUACACACACCACAGACACAGAAAGCAUUGGGACCAGAAAUUCUGGGUUGCCAGCUAUAAGCCAAAUUAA